AUUGUUUUUAGUUUGUUUGCCCCACGUCACUUCCAUAACAAUGUUAGUUCAAGACUUUAAUUUUUGGCACUUUUUAUUAAUUUUAAAGGUAGAAUGGGGGCUAAUGAACAGCGAUGUAGUCGCGUCACUAAACCUUGGUCCGAAUUGAGUCUCCUGUGCUUGAGUCACAAGUCCCUAUGGCUGAAGUCUGAGUCCCAGUGCUCAAGUCUGAGUCAUUGGGUCCACAUUAACUCAAAAUAAAGUUAGUGUAGUGGCAAGAGGAAUUUAGUAAACAUUUUAACUAUCCCUUUUUCUUUCUUUCUGUCCCACCAAAUGUUUGCAUAAAGGCUACUGGUAAUGUUAUUAGGACCACGAUCAGUUGCAAACCAUUCUUAAACGUUGCAGAUAUAAAUUCCAUGAGUAGAGCCAAAGUUAUAACUUAUUCAACAUGUCAGAGGCAUGUUUGUUCUAUAUAACUUAAAUCUGAACGUUACAAAACAUUGCAUCCUGCUGAACACGCCCCAGGUUGUUAGCUAUAGCUAUCUAAUGAGGUAACAUGGCUGAAGAAGGUGUAGCCUAAACAUGUUUAACUGUCCGAUCCUCAAGUAGCCUAGUUUUUAAAUGGUCCUGGAUAAAUGUAAAAUGCUGCACGCCAAUUCACAACAGACAGAAAAAACGUAGCGCUGGUAUUUUGGGUCAUAUCUUUUGAACGGUAAGGAAUCAAGCUGUUUUCUCUGAGGAAAAGAGGGAGACUAUUGGCCUACAGAACCUGGCUAUGAAAUGCAGUGAAGUAAGUGGGAGGGUUGAGCAAGACUACAAAUUCAAAGAGAGAGAAACAUAGCUAGACUGUUUAAUGAAUUAACUCAAUGUUAUUAUUGUUUUUAAUUUCAUAAAGCAGCUUGCGUUUCUUAACCAGGCAAAGUGUAGCUAACUAGAAAGCUGGUGGUGAUGGGGAUGUAUAAUCCGGAGUGGAGCCUGUCUGCCCACACCCACCACUUGCGUGUGCUGGGUGUGGCAAGUCCCUCCCAUUGCUGAACAGAACUGUGCAUCUAUGCUGCUAUUAAUUGUGCUUAUCUCUUUAAACUCUUGUCGAGUCCAUUUAGUAGUCAGAUUUUAGUCAGUCAGAUAAUUUAAUCUCGUUUUAGUCAACUGAAAUGAAAAAUCAUUUUUGUUUAGUGAUAGUUUUUUUCUAUGUCUAUUUAGUCCGUUAUAAUCAAUUCCCACUGAAAAAUAGGUGUUUGAUGAAUAUUUUAGUCACUAUAAUUGUUCACAAAAUUGACCAGAACAGCAUUACUUAACAACCAUGCCACUGAGAGGCUCAGGGUUGACCUCUUCGGCAUCUCAAGGGGGUGUCCUUUCCUGCGGCCUUUCUCCCUCACGCUGCUUGUCCUGGACAGCUUCUUCACCGCAAAGGACUGGACCAGUAAAAACAGUCCGAGGGUAUUCCAUAGAAAUAAAAUGACAUUUUGUAUGGGUAGGUUAUUUCCUCCUAACAUACAGGUUUGCCUCUGCCUCAUUGAUUUUGUACCACCUGUCUAGUGUGUUUCAAGAUACCAUUGAGUAAUUAGGGUUAUGGUGAUAUGAGAGAAUGCCAAGAAUGUGCAAAGCUGUCAUCAAGGCAAAGAGUGGCUACUUUGAGGAAUCUCAAAUAUAAAAUAUAUUUUGAUUUGUUUAACAAAUCAAAUUUGGGUUACUACAUGAUUCCAUAUGUGUUCAUAGUUUUGAUCCCUUCACUAUUUUUCUACAAUGUAGAAAAUAGUAAAAAUAAAGAAAAAACCCUUGAAUGAGUAGGUGUCCAAACUUUUGACUGGUACUAUAUAUAUAUAUAUAUUAUAGAUUUCAUUGUUGGACAUUUAAAAGGGUAGGUAACAUAAUCGUAACCACCAGGUUUUUAUAAAAAAAAAAUGUUUAACUAGGCAUGCCAGUUAAGAACAAAUUCUUAUUUACAAUGACGGCCUACCAAAAGGCCUCCUGCGGGGAUGGGAGCUGGGAAUAAAAGUAAGUUAAAUAAAAAUAUAGGACUAAACACACAUCAAGACAAGAGAGACAACACUACAUAAAAAGAGACCUAAGAUGACAGCAUGGCAGCAAAACUUUACAACACAGCAUGGUAGCAACACAACAUGAUAGCAACACAACAUGGCGGCAGCACAAAACAGGGUACAAACAUUGUUGGGCACAGACAGCAGCACAAAAGGGCAAGAAGGUAGAGACAACAAUACAUCAGGCAAAGCAGCCACAACUGUCAGUAAGAGUGUCCAUAAUUGAGUCUUUGAAUGAAAAGAUUGAGAUAAAGAGUGUUUGUUUGUUGCACCUCGUUCCAGUCGAUAGCAGGAGCAGCAAACUGAAAAGAUGAGCGACCCAGGGAUGUGUACGCUUUGGGGACCUUUAACAGAAUGUGACUGGCAGAACAGGUGUUGUAUGUGGAGGAUGAGGGCUGCAGUAGAUAUCUCAGAUAGGGGGAGUGAGGCCUAAGAGGGUUUUCUAAAUGAGCAACAACCAGUGGGUCUUGUGACGGGUAUACAGAGAUGACCAGUUUACAGAAGAGUAUAGAGUGCGGUGAUGUGAUCUAAUAAGGAGCAUUGGUGGUAAAUAACAUCUAGCCGUUCAAGACCACCCUUACCUGCUGCUCGAGAGUACCCUUACCUGCCCAUUUAUAAAUUACUUCUCCAUAAUCUAGCAUGGGUAGGAUGGUCAUCUGAAUCAGUUAGUUCAUCAGCUGGGGUGAUAGAGGAGGGAUUACGAUAAAUCUAGACUUUGUUUCCUCUAACUUUAGCCUGCAGCUUUGAUAUGUGCUGAGAGAAGGACAGUGUACUGUCUAGCCAUACUCCCAAGUACUUGUAUGAGGUGACUACCUCAAGCUCUAAACCCUCAGAGGUAGUAAUCACACCUGUGGGGCGAGGGGCAUUCUUCUUACCAAACCACAUGACCUUUGUUUUGGAGGUGUUCAGAACAAGGUUAAGGGCAGAGAACGCUUUUUGGACACUAAGAAAGCUUUGUUGUAGAGCAUUUAACACAAAAUCCGGAGAGGGGCCAGUUGAGUAUAAGACUGUAUCAUCUGCAUAUAAAUGGAUGAGAGAGCUUCCUACUGCCUGAGUUAUGUUGAUGUAAAUUGAGAAGAACAUGGGGCCUAGGAUAGAGCCUUGGGGUACACCCUCGUGACAGGCAGUAGCUAAGACAGCAGAUGUUCGGACUUUAUACACUGCACUCUUUGAGAGAGGUAGUUAGCAAGCCAGGCCAAAGACCUCUGAGACACCAAUAUUCCUUAGCCGGCCCACAAGAAUGGAAUGGUCUUCUGUAUCAAGAGCUUUGGCCAAGUCAAUAAAAAUAGCAGCACAACAUUGCUUAGAAUCAAGGGAAAUGAUGACAUCAUUGAGGACCUUUUUAAGGUUGCAGUGAAACAUCCAUAACCUGAGUGGAAACCAGAUUACAUACCAGAGAGAAUACUAUAGACAUCAAGAAAGCCAGUCAGUUGAUUAUUGACAAGUUUUUCCAACACUUUUGAUAAACAGGGCAAAAUAGAAAUAUGCCUAUAACAGUUAGGAUCAGCUUGAUCUCCCCCUUUAAAUAAAGGAGUAACGGUGUCUGCCUUCCAAGCAAUGGGAACCUCCCCAGAGAGGAGAGACAGGCUUGGUGAGUAUAUGGGCAGCAACCUUAAAGAAGAAAGGGUCUAAACCAUCUGACCCAGAUGUUUUUUGGGGGUCAAGUUUAAGGAGCUCCUUUAGCACCUCGGACUCAGUGACCACCUGCAGGGAGAAACUUUGUAGUAGGGCAGGGGAAAAAGAGGGAGGAGCAUCAGGGCUAGUCGCAUUAGAAGGGUGGGAGAUGAGGAAAUGUUGGAUGGGCAAGGAGGCAUGGCUGAGCCAAAUAGGAAUCUUGAGUUAAUGAAGUGGUGAUUUUUAAAGAGCUCCUUCUUGUCAGUAACAACCACACAAACUUUAAGGGACAUGGGCAGGUGUGAAGAGGAGUGUUUAUUCUCCAGGUCUUUAACCAUUUUCCAAAACUUCUUGGUGCUAGACCCACAGAGAGAGAGCUGCUCCUUAAAGUAACUAACUUUGUCUUUCCAGAUAGCCUGAGUGCACGUAUUUCUCAUUUGCCUGAACAAGAGCCAGUCAGCCUGAGUAUGCAUGUGCCAAGCCUUUCGUCAAAUGCAAUUCUUGAGGUGGAGUAACUCUGUCAGAUCACGGUCGAACCAGGGGCUGAACCUGUUUUUAAUCCAAAUGUUCUUUAUGGGGCGUGUUUGUUAACAAUAUCACUGAAGAUAUCAAGCUGAUUCUAUACCAAUUUACAGAGGCCAGGUCAUGAAGGAAGGCUUGCUUAUGAACGUUUUUUUUUUCAGCAAGUGUCUAUGACAAAUCAGAACAGGACGUUUCACUGAGCAGCCAUUACAAACACUGUAAACAGUGAUCACUAAGGUCAUUACAGAAAACACCAGACUAGUACCUAUCAUGAUUAUUUGUGAGGAUAACAUCGAGGAGAGUAGCAUUUUCUGGGUGUUUGCACCCAGGGAUUGGUAAUAAUCUGAGAAAGAUUUAUGGAGUCCCAUUGCUUUAGGACUUGGUCAGGUAGUUUAAGCAUGUCCCAGUUUAGGUCACCUAGCAGGACAAAUUCAGACUUAGUGUAAGGGACCAGGAGACAGUUUAGGGCAGGUAGGGUACAGGCCGGUGCUGAUGGAGGACGAUAACACCCCGCAACAGUCAACGAAGAGCUAUUUGAAAGUGUAAUGCUUAAAACCAGCAAAUCAAAUUGUUUGGAGACAGACUUGGUGGAGACAACCGGGCACUGACGGUGAUCCUUGGUAAAGAUUGCCACUCCCCCACCUUUGGAAGAUCUGUCUUGCCGAAAAAGGUUAUAACAAGAAAGGUUAACAUCAGUAUUCAAAACACUCUUUCUUAAGCGCGUCUCAGUAAUGACCAAAACAUCUGGAUUGGAGCUGUGAACACACACUUUCAACUGAUCCAUUUUAGGUAAUAAGCUUCUUGUGUUAACGUGCAGAAAACCCAGGCUUUUACGAGAAAUCAGUGAAACAGGUAUCAGAGCACAAGUCAGAAUUGGGGCUAGCAACAGUAGAUGGGCCAGGCUGUACAUGCACAUUUCCAGAUAUCAUCAACAGUAAACCAAUCAAGGCACGACAGAGGACAGGGAGAGCUCUGCAGUGUUGAUUUAUGACACUUGAAUGUGCAUUAGAUGGCAACAGGAUCAUAAUAUACAGCAAUUUCAUCAGGUAACAUGCAAGGAUUGUUUUAAGGUGGGGAUAUGGUUCUUCUGUUGCAGUCAUGCGCAGUGUUCUUGGUUGGUCAUCAAUCGACAAGAUAAUUGAAAAAAAAACAUGCUUAUUUUAUUUCAUAAUAUACAUCAUUUAAAACAGUUCUAUUCACAACGGUAUUCAGAGACAGACAUUCCGUAAAUACUAGGAAUAGAUUGUCCGCCAUCUAUGCGUUAUCCAGACAGAAAAGAGAAAUGGGCAAAAUAAUAUUUUGAUUUAGAGCAAUAAAGAAAUUGAAUAAAUUAACUGAGCAAACCAGAAACCUUUCAGUAUAUACAUUUAAACAUUAUUUUAAAACAAUUUAAAUAUAAUACAUAGAAAUGUUGUGGGACUAUAGUAGAUGAAGAAUCAAUAUUUUUUAGAUUGAGUAUUUAUUGGGUCAUUAUGUUAGUAUAUUAUGUAUGUUUGUAAUAGUGUGUUAUAUGUGAAAAUGUAUUCGUAUUAUAAAUUGUAUUUUAAUGUAUAAGGACUCUUGGAAGAUUAGUCCAAAUGGGGACUAAAAGAGAUCCAAAUCAAAAACAUGAAUACAAAGCCAGCGAGAGGUGGUUAGAAUAGGAUGGGGGGCCAAAGUCUGUGUAACCAAUGGUGUCAGCGUCACGAGUGUGGGAACAAACAGUCUGUCCCACGGUAGGGUAAACAAGAAUGUUCAUAGUCAACAAAGCAUGCAAGAGUCAUGAGACAAACUAGGAAAAUGCACAAGACAAAAAAUAAUUACGACUUGGGGCUAGCCAUUGUAAGUUCAGAGUCGCACGCCCCAUACAGUGCCUGUGUGCUGGAGGCGAGCGAAAGCUUGGUAGAGAGGGGGGAGUGUGGUGGAGGUAUCUGUACCAGACGGGGAGACAAGCCAUGGCAGACGGUGAACAGAUCGCCAGGUGGAAUCCAAGCAGAAGGCAGCGGGAGUAGGAGUCACACCCAUUUGGGAGAAUCUUUAUUUCUGGAGGCAGAUUUCUUGUAGAAAAUGUCAGUGGAUGGCUCUGAACAGCAGGAGGGUGCUUCGGGGCCUCUGGAUUUGGAAGGGGUAUCCUGCCAUGUGUUGGGCUCAAAGGCUUCGAUACCUUUCACUUCACGCCUCCGUGCUAAUUGAAGUUGUAUCUGGUCUGUCCAAAAUUAGGUUGUAGGUUUGGCGUUUUGAUCUGGAGUGAAGGUUAUGCUGUGGAGGGUAGCAUCUGGUAACAAAUGGAUUUGCAUUAGUAUACACAUCAAAAGUCCCAAUGCAAAGUUACACCUCACUUUUCUGUUUUUGGAGUUAUUACAUAAAACUGAUCAGAAUGCCAAAGUCAUGUCAGAAAAUGUUUUUCAUGGGAGUGAUGUAAAAUGGAGGACACGGCAAGCCAGCUAAUUCCUAAAGAAUGUUAACUAUAUGCAGUUAUCUUAGCCAGCCAGCUAACUUUAGCUUUUUAGCCAACUAGAUAUUAGCCAGCUUAGCCAGCCAUCACGGUUAUGGUCGGCAAGCCAGGGCCCAUCAACUGGAGACCAGCUAGAACACAACUAAAACAUAACCACAGACCACAAGCAAAGAGAGAGCAGAGACUUGCAGAUUGUUGGUUGGGGCCCAUCCAAUAGUGAAAGAGGGCAGGCUGAGUUGGCUACCAAACCCAGGGGAGGCAGGUGCUUCACCAGGCCGAGGGAGAGUCGGUAAGGGAAAUCCAAUAGCUAUAUAGUGAGAGAGAACCAAAAUAGAUAGAUUCCAGAAAUCAGUCAAAUAGCGCACUAGCACUAAGCCAAGGUGGGAAAGGUUACAGAACUCCCAUAGCCUACUUCAAAGAGAACAUGCCAAAAAGUUGACAAGACAAAAUAGAGAACAGACAAGGUACUACACAAUUAGUGCAAGAAGGCAUAAGAGCCUGCCGUGCUAACGAUUUCAAGUUCUCACUAGAUAACAUAGCCACAAAGUCCGUGAAGAGCUUGAGCUAGCUACAGAGUUAGCAUAUGAACUCGGGAGGGAGCACAGAGUUGAUUCUCCAUAUGACGUUGAGAAAUGGUGUAUAGUGCAAACUCAUGCUUCCUACCCUUUUUUAAAGACUGUAAAAUCACCAGGAAAUCAGAUCAGUGAUUUUAAUUUAGGAAAUCUGUUCCCAAUGUAAGCAUGUUUGAAAUCAUUGUUUUUGUCAUACUAUAUCUGUUUGGGCUUCUUGCAGUGUACAAAUGAUUUAUGAUGUUCGGACCCUCCACUCAAGAUCCCUGGUCUAGCCUAUAACCAUUAACUGUAGUAUAAAAAAGGCUGGAGAUCUGGUAUGCUUCCUGUGCCAUCUCUAUUCAACCACUCUGCUAAAUGGCUCCAACAAGACAAAAGGUUAGACCAAAAAAUAAAAGGUGACCUCAUUACAGUUAUGCAACACUAAUCUCAUUAACUGGCAGAACACCUUUUCCUACCCGUGGUGACUGAGGAGGAGAUCAGAAGGGUUGAGUUAUUUUAGGUUCUGUCAUGUCUGUAAAAUCAGGUCAUGGUGAGAGAAGCCCUUGUACCUCUCAGCUAACAGUACACUGAUAUAUUAAAGUCUAGAGUGUGGAUGAGGGGGUUUCAUCUAAAUGAACCCACUAUUCCUCUGAGGAUUUACCAUUAAAUGAUUUUAUUGGUUUGACUCCACCAGUGGGUUAAACUUAUCUAAUGACGAUGGGGGUAUAAAGUAUAAACCAAAAGUGCUUAAUUUGGUUUCUUCUUUGGUGUGCCGCCUGUUUUAAUGAGAUUAGUGGUGCAUAACUGUGUUACGACUCGAGCUUUCCUUAUUAAAGCUGGAAUCCUAACUUGCUACAUCCAUUGUGGACUUUGAUUCUUGAAGAAUAUAACUUAAAUGUCUCAUGAGCUUAGUUCAACUGUCGUACCCCAUCAGAACCCAAUAUAUAAGAUUGUUAUACUCCAAUGUUUGUAAAUGUAAACAAAUACUGUUGCCUCCAAAACAUGGUCAAAACUAUAAUUUUGAUAUCAUAGAUCAGGGGUCGGGAACCUGUGGCUUUUUUGAUGAUUGCAUCUGGCUCGCAGAUUUAAAAAAACUUUUUCUUUUUCUUUUUUUUUCUUUUUUUCUCCCCUUUUCUCCCCAAUUUUCGUGGUAUCCAAUCGCUAGUAAUUACUAUCUUGUCUCAUCGCUACAACUCCCCUUACGGGCUCGGGAGAGACGAAGGUCGAAAGCCAUGCGUCCUUCGAAGCACAACCCAACCAAGCCGCACUGCUUCUUAACACAGCGCGCCUCCAACCCGGAAGCCAGCCGCACCAAUGUGUCGGAGGAAACACCGUGCACCCGCCCCCCUCGGUUAGCGCGCACUGCGCCCGGCCCACCACAGGAGUCGCUGGAGCGCGAUGAGACAAGGAUAUCCCUACCGGCCAAACCCUCCCUAACCCGGACAACGCUAAGCCAAUUGUGCAUCGCCCCACGGACGUCCCGGUCGCGGCCGGCUGCGACAGAGCCUGGGCGCGAACCCAGAGACUCUGGUGGCGCAGCUAGCACUGCGAUGCAGUGCUCUAGACCACUGCGCCACCCGGGAGGCCUAUUCUCACUUGUUUUAAUCCAUCCAUCGAUUUUUUUUCACUGCUCAUGUCCUGUUCAGGGCUGCAGGAGCAAUUGUCCAUUAUUUUAAUUAAAUGAUACUGGCCUACGUUGGCCGUUGCUAGGUAAAACAGGUAAACGACUCCUUUUGAAUCAGUCUGCUCGGUCAUUAGCUCAAAGCUAACCCUUCGACGAAGAAGAUGGCGAAAAGAAAAAAAGAUGACGAGUAUCGUACAUUUCAGGACGAAUGGACCGAAGAAUUCGCCUUUGUGGAGAGAGCAGGUUCUGCGGUGUGUCUAAUUUGCAAUGACAAAAUUACAUUGAUGAAACGGUCAAAUGUAAAUCGGCACUUCGACAAUUUCAGAGGCUUAUUAUACUCACAUUUAGUUGAAUUCACUUUUAAAAUAUAUUAUAUGGCUCUCACUGAAAUAAUAAAUUUCCAAAUUAUUUGCUUUCAUGGCUCUCUUAGUCAAAAAGGUUCCCGACCCCUGUCAUAGAUGGUCAGUUCUUGCAUACAUAGCUCUCAUUUUGAAUAUGAAUGCUUACAUUUCUCCAGGUUCAUCCCUCAGCUGUUUACCAAAACACAGGCGGGUUGACCACUUUUUUAAUUUCAAUUAAGGAGUCCAGAAUGCACACAGUUAGAUUUUUCUUGUGUGUUUUCUUACCUAUAUUAUUCGUUUUAUUACUGCAUUGAUGGUAAAGAGCUCACAAGUAAGCAUUUCACUGUACUGUUUUACACCUGCUGUGUCCUGUGCAAGUGACAAUCAUUGAAACAAGCACACACUCAGACUCAGGCGCACACGCUCAGAAACACUCUGAAAAUGAGGGGGCCAGGCUAUUUUGCUGUUACCCUUACAUCUCCCUCCUGUCCAUGGACAGGAGUUCAAGGGGCAUUGGAGGCCAGACCCGCUGCUUCCCAAAUGUUUUAAUUUUAGUCUACCUGGCUACCUAGUCUCAUGCUCCCAUCCUUCAUUUGAUAAUUGCCUGGAGCAGUCAUGUGAUUGUCUCAUUCAACGCUGAUGUCACCAACAUUCCUAUGGAGAGAUUCUGCUCUCCAGUUGAAAUGUAGGCCCGUAGAUAGGCCUGGCCUGCUGUGCUGUCAAUGCAGUAUUUUUAUGAAGAACAGAUUUUAGGUCUACAGUAUAAUUGAGUAGGCCUACAUACCAAUUAUUGAAACGGUUUCCUUCGUCUCCUUUCUUUAGCUUUUGUCCUCUAGGGAGAUGGUAAGUAAAGUAAGUAUAGCCAACUGAAAACACAGAUACAUUCAUGUUCUUUCUCAGUUGAGUCAGAAACAUAAUGUCCACUCCACCGGUGUUUCCAGCUAUUUUUAACCUUAUGUUUGGGAAACACCUACACUCGGAUGCCACAUACCGUAUGUACAUUCUACAUAGUGUACAUGUAGCAGUUCAAUACUCGUGCUGAAUGGGGCCCUGAAGCAUUCCAGUGUAUGUGCUCUAUGAGCAGCUGACUGAGUCAGCUUAUUGAAUCACAUUCCACUCAGUUGAGUCUCUCCUCUAUCACACAGAUUAACUAAGGACAAGCCACACUAAUCUCAUUUAAUUUGAUCAUUUGUGGUGUUUGUGUGCCAUAACUCUAUGCGAGUGGUUGUAUGCCAUGUGUGUGACCCUCACGGGACUGUUAUAAUAAGCCAUUGUGGCAAGCUAGAUGAGCAGUGUGGGGAUGAAGAGAGGAGAGUGGGUUUGACACUGGUCUAUUCAGGAAUGCUCGGUAGCUCGCAGAAUCCCCAUCUCUCAAACUCUCUCUCACACACACACACACACACAGAGCAGUCCAGUCUCUUAUACUCUCACGCACACCGAGCAGUCCAGUCACAUCCGCUUGCUCCGGAACAUUCUUUCACGUCAAUACAUCGGUUUCAGAAGCGUCCAAUCUCUCUCAGGAGAAAGAACCCCUGGAGAAAGAGAAGGAUAGAGAAACAGAGAAGAGGUGAGAGAGUGCUCUAUGUAGCGCCAUGGAGACAGCCUGGACACUGGGUCGAGCGUGAGUCAAAAAGCAAGAUUUUAAAAAGAGGGCGUGUGUGAUUCUUCUCCAUCGACGCUUCGUUUUCUUUUGUGUCUGAUGGGCAGCAGUAGCAGCAGCAGGCUGUUUGGUACCCUGGCCCAGACCCUGAACAGUGCUCCACUGGCCCAGCAGGACUACGACCCAGAGCAACAGGACUCAGACCAGGACCCGGAGGGCCUGGAGCAGGCCGACCCAGACCAGCUGCUCAGGGAGUGCGAGAAGAUCCUCCAGAACCGGCCGGCCCGGCCACACAGGGACCUGGUCUACCCUGCAGACCCAAAACAGCAGCACCAAUACAGGAACAAUGAGCAACAGCAAACACCAUCCAUACGGGUCAUGACAUGGAACAUCCUAGCUCAAGCUCUAGGGGAGGGUAAGGAUGGCUUUGUGCAAUGUCCUCUGGAUGCUCUGAACUGGGCUGAGAGGAAGUACCUGAUCCUGGAAGAGAUCCUCACCUACCGCCCUGACAUCCUGUGUCUCCAGGAAGUGGACCACUACUACGACACCUUCCAGCCCAUCCUGGCCAGCCUGGGCUACCACAGCACAUUCCUGCCCAAGCCAUGGUCCCCCUGCCUGGAAGUGGCCAGCAACAACGGCCCUGACGGCUGUGCGCUCUUCUACCGCCGUGCCCGCUUCGGCCUCCUCCACACCUCCCACCUGCGCCUCUCUGCCAUGAUGCUGCCUACCAAUCAGGUGGCCAUCGUGCAGAUGCUGCGUUGCCGGGAGACGGGCCAGAGGCUGUGCGUGGCUGUGACCCACCUGAAGGCGAGGAGUGGCUGGGAGAGGUUGAGGGGGGCCCAAGGGGCUGACCUGCUGCAGAGCCUUAAGGCUAUCACCUCGCGGGCGGCUAUGUCAGACCCAGUCAGUAGGGGACCUGGGGGAGGGAGUGGGACCGAGGGGGUGCCUCUGAUAGUGUGUGGGGACUUUAACGCUGAGCCCUCGGAGGACGUGUACAGGCGUUUUAUCUCCUCCCCCCUGGGUCUGGACUCCGCCUAUAAGCUGCUGAGUGCAGACGGGCAAACGGAGCCGGCCUACACUACCUGGAAGAUCCGUCCCUCAGGAGAGAGCUGCAGUACCCUGGACUACAUCUGGUACUCUCACGGUGCUUUCACUGUGGACACCCUGCUGGACAUCCCCACUGAGGAACAGAUAGGACCUGACCGCCUGCCCUCAUACCACUACCCCUCCGACCACCUCUCACUGCUCUGUGAUGUCAGCUUCAGGGAGCCCAGGGAUCAACCUCAUAGGCUGAUGUAGGUUGCCUGUCUGAGGCUUCGGGCAAUAGGGUCCUAGUUCAGGACAGUACAGGAAGAAUCGACUGGAUAAAACAACGUGUGGGAGUGUGAUACUGGAGAAGUGAAUGCUUAUUUUACUUGAACUGGUGCUGAAAUUUGAUUCUGCAGAAUUGAGAGUAGUUAUUUAUUUUUUAAACCAGUACUUGUUUUCUGUCAAGUGAGAUGUUAUCCCUCAUGAUUGUUUUUCUUCAUAUGAAGUGUAUAACUGGUUUUAAAGGAACUGGAGAAUAGGACCAUAUCAAUACUGUAUCUGCAAUUAUUUUCAGUGCUGUGGCAGCAAGAAUGCCAAUGAGCAUGUCAAAAUAAAAUACUUAGACAUUCUGA